AAGGAAAAUGUGCGAGUAAACGGUAAGACAAUUCAGAAGGACGACAGCUGUAUUAUUCGAUCAGGAGAUGAAAUCAUCUUUAAUCUGUUUGGAAGCAUGGCGUAUAUCUUUCAUCAACUUUUGAGUGAUAUUUCUACAUCUCAGGCUGAUGCUAAGAUACACGAGGUUCAUUGUGAUGGAGCUAUUCCUGAGAAUAAACAGGUUACUUUUAUAGAAGAUAUUCGUGCGGGGAUGCUUGAUGGUAAAGUCAUGGAUAUUUCGUUUGACAAUUUCCCAUAUUACUUAGGGGAAAACACAAAAGCUAUGCUGAUUGCAGCUUCAUAUAUACCCUUAAGAAGAAGUGAUCACAUCAAGUAUACAUCCAAAUUUAGUUCGCUGAUUCGCAGUAUCUUGCUGACAGGUCCUCCAGGGUCUGAGACAUACAGAGAGACUUUGGCAAGGGCACUCGCUAGAUAUUUUGGGGCUAAACUCUUAAUAUUUGAUAGAGACUCUUUUCUGGGUGGUCAAUCUUCAAAUAAAUCUGAUUUGUCGAAGGGUAUAGAUUUUUCUACUGGGGAAGCCAGGGAAUCUUUAUUUAAAGCUGGUGAUAGAGUGAAAUAUAUGGGUCAUUUCAAUUUCUCAAUGGAUUCUACCUUGAGGGGCCCAAUUAAUGGUCAGAAAGGAAAGGUUGUAUUGCCUUUUGAAGAAAAUCCACUUUCAAAAAUUGGUGUAAGAUUUGACAUACCCGUACCAGGUGGUGUUAACCUAGGGAGUCUUUGUGAAACUGGACAUGGAUUCUUUUGUAAUGUCAGCGAUCUUUGUUUAGACGGGACAGGUUUAGACGGGACAGGUUUAGACAAGUUACUUGUCGACAAUCUAUUUGAGGUCAUAGUUAGUGAAAGCAGAAGCUCUCCCAUCAUUUUGUUUGUAAACGAUGCUAAGAAGUCCGUUCUAGACAUUCUAGAGUCAAAGGAAGCCUUUCUAGAUAAGAUUCAUGUAAGUCUCCCAGAUAAUGCCAUCAUUAUUGGUUCUCACACGCUAAUUGGAAAUAAUCCCAAUAAAGCUGCUUUGGCAACCUUGGAUCUACCUAAGGAAAAGUUAUAUACAGAAAUUUUCCCGAAGGAAACCGGCAUGUGCUGUAUUUGUGGUUCUGACGCGGAGAUAUAUGUUGACAAAGUUACGGUGACAAAUGAAAUGAACGAAGAACUGUUGGAGACAAAUGAAAUAAACAAAGACCUUUUGGAGCGAAAUGAAAUAAUAAAAAAACUGUUGAAGCUAUUAUUUCCCAAUGAACUUAACAUUAGCAUGCCUCAAGAUGCAGAUCUUUUACUUUACUUGAAAAAACAAUUUGAUAGAGAUGCUGAUACCCGAAAAAUGAAAGAAAAUCUGAAUUAUUUGCGCAUUGUCCUCAGCAGGACUGGAAUGGUGUGUGAUGAACUUGAGACAUUGUGUAUCAAAGGUCAAACACUCACAGCGGAAUGUGCUGAAAAGGUUGUUGGAUGGGCUUUGAGCUACCUCUCAACGAAAAAUCCAGGAACAGCAGAGGCUGAUGGGAAGCUUGUCAUGCCAAGUGAGAGCAUUCAGUAUGGCAUUGACCUUCUUCUACAGCAAGUUCAGAAUGAGUCCAAGAGCUCCAAGAAGUCACUAAAGGAUGUUGUGACGGAGAAUGAAUAUGAGAAAAGUCUUUUAGCUGAUGUUGUCCCACCCAGUGAUAUUGGAGUGACAUUUGAUGAUAUUGGAGCUCUUGAAUAUGUCAAGGAUACACUAAAAGAGUUGGUUAUGCUUCCUUUGCAAAGACCGGAGCUUUUCAACAAGGGUCAGUUAACUAAGACCUGCAAGGGCAUUCUUUUGUUUGGCCCUCCCGGAACAGGAAAGACCAUGCUCGCAAAAGCUGUGGCUACCGAAGCUGGUGCGAACUUCAUUUACGUUUCUAUGUCAAAUAUCACCUCUAAGAGCUUUGGUGAGGCGGAAAAAAUGGUUAAAGCUGUCUUCACACUUUCUCGUAAAAUCCUACCUAGUGUCAUAUUCGUUGAUGAAGUUGAUAGCAUGUUGGGUGGGAGGGGAAAGCAGGGAGAAGAGGAAUUCACACGGAAGAUGAAAAACGAAUUCAUGGUGAACUGGGAUGGACUGAAAACUAAAGAUACAGAAAGAAUACUGGUACUUGCUGCCACAAACAGGCCGUUUGACCUUGAUGAAGCUGUCAUUAGGAGGCUGCCACGUAGAUUGAUGGUCAAUCUGCCAGAUGCUUCAAACAGGACAAAGAUUCUGAAAGUCAUUUUAGCAAAUGAGGACUUGUCUCCCGACGUUGAUUUAGAUGUCAUUGCAAAUCUUACUCAUGGCUACUCCGGAAGUGACCUUAAAAACCUUUGUGUGACUGCUGCUCAAAGUCCGAUUAGGGACAUUCUAGAGGAUGAGAAAAAGGAUCUUGCUGCUGCACUAGAAGAAGGUAAACCGGCCCCCCCUUGUUGUGGAGUUUCUGCCUUAAGGCCUCUAAACAUGGCUGACUUCAGACAUGCUUAUAAACAGGUGGGUUCUAGCAUUGGAUCUGAAUCUGCAUAUAUGACCGAGCUAGAUCAAUGGAAUGAAGUUUAUGGUGUAGGGAGUUCAAGGAAAAGGGAUAGUUGGAGCUAUUUCAUGUGAAAGGGGGUUGUUUAACUGGUACAAAAAGUCAUGCAUUCCCCUCUCCAAUCAGUCAAAUUAGGUAUCUUCUUCAACUAUACAAAUUAAAAUGGCCGAAUUAGAAUUGAUUCAUUCAAAACAAAUUCCAACUUGCUUACAAAAAAG